AUGUCCGCUAUAAUUGAGACCAAGAGUGCAAUUAGCACAGGUAAUCGUCUUUUCAUCAAAAAUAUUGCUAGAUUCCUUUUACCACACCCUGAUUUAAAUGCAUGUAAUGACAUACAGUACAUCCUAAUACAUUAUAGGCGGUUUGUGAGACUCAAAAAAUUUAUCUCUCAGAGGCAAAUGAUCCAAAACACUUACAUAGAUUAUAUUAAGUAUAAAUUCAAAUACGAGAAUUACGAGAAAAGACGAUCAUUAGUUCUGGGAAAGGAUGCUGACAGCCAAAUCGAUUGGAAAACUCAGAUAGCUCAGACAUACAACUUCAUAAUGACUGCCGUAUCCCAUGUUGAAGGUCAAACGACAGAUAUAGAUAGAGAUAUUUUGAUGUCUAAACAGAUCCUAAAAAAUAUAUUGACACUAGAAUAUUUUAAGAUCGAAAAUAAUGAAAAGGUUAGUAAUUCUGACUUUUAUGAUUAUAGAGUUCGAUUUAAACAGCUUGAAGACAAUGAAGACCAGCGACAGACUCGUGAUAUAGAUUUCGGAGAAUUUGAUAAAAUAGUUAUGUAUCUUAACGAAACAAUAGGAACCAGACUUUAG